GAUCACCAGCGAAGAAAACAACCAACCAAAAAGCUCGUUCUAACCCACUUGACCCUCACCCUCAGAGAGAGAGAGUGAGAGGAGAGCUUUCUGGGUUGCUUGCUCAUGCGAAAUAGAAACGAAUGAAUGAGGUAUCUGUCAGGUGAAAACAUAGCAAAUGCAGGAAUUUUACAAUUGAAAAGAAUUUUUAGACCAUGUUGGAGAUCUGUACGUGACAUUCUUCUGGGUUACUCAUAUGAGAUUCUUCUUUACGGUACAGGUGCCAUAAUGUUAAUGCAUAAAAGAUAAUACUCUUUAGUGCCCAUUGCUUCAAUGGACUCUCCUGAAAAUGAAAUACGGGUUCCUGGCAAGAUUGGUGACCGGUCGACCAGUGAUGUAGUUGUGAGACUACGAACACAGGAUGGCCGAGAUGAUUGGAUAUACUGUCAUUCCCACAUACUCAUAGAAAAAAGUGAGUAUUUUGCUGACCGCCUCUCUGAGAAUUGGCCAACGUGUCAGAUUCUUGACUCACGCAACUGUGUUGAGGUUUACUGCCAUGAAUCUGACUUUGACUACCAUGUCAAUGUUCUACGCCUUCUCUAUGCUGUCAUAGAUGGCUCAAUGGAUGAAAUGUGGCAUGGUGUUAGAAAUGCCCUAGGCAUACUGCAGGUGGCUUUCGAGCUUGGGUGCCCACAAAUUGUUACUGCUUGUGUGAAGUACUUGGAAGCUGUCCCGUGGGAAGAGGCUGAGGAGGAGGAAAUUCUAAGAAUGAUACCACACAUAGGAUUACAAACAGAGCCCAUUCUUGCCCGUCUCCAACCGGUCAAUCCAUCAGCUAUCUUGGGGAUUUUUCUCUCAACCAUCCGAUUUGCCACAUCGUCUCCUCCUCCACCAAUGAAUGAUCUUAAAAUUUCAGCGCAGGAGCAGCUCGAGUACAUGAUAACUGAAGAUGACGAUGCCCCUCUAUUAACUGCUGAUGAUGAGAUAAAAUUGGUGGUGAAAGAAUGCGUAAAGAGUUUAUUGUCCAGAUUCAACAAUCUUUUAGAAGCUUUAUUGUGUGAACCUGUAGAAUCAGUUUGUGGGCCAGGAAUAAUGCAGUCAUUUCAGUCCUAUAUCUCUGAUUUGUCAUGGGCUGGUCAAAUACUGAAUAAGCUGGAAAUUAUGAGAGAAUUUGUCAACAACUGGAUUGAUGUAUCAGAUAAGAUAGUCAAGGUUGUUGAGCAAGCAAGUCCAACUGCUGAAAUUACUGAGACAAGGUUCAAAGUUAUUGAAGUUGCAGCGAAAGUUUUAGAGGCAAUAGGGUAUGGCACUGUUAUAUUGCCAACUGCAAAACGGCUUCAUGCAGUGAAGGUGUGGCUUCCAUUCGUGAGGGUUACAAAACCUUUGGUUGAUACCGUCGGUUGUGACGGUGACGUUGACGAUGCUCUGACAGUUAAAAUAGAUGGUGAGCUGUGGCAAUCCUUGGAAUCAACAUUGGUUUCAAUAAUUCUUGCUUUGCCGUCUGAGGACCAGGCAGAGAUUUUAACUGAAUGGCUAGGAAAUGAGCAUAUUCGGUAUCCAGACCUGACUGAGGCAUUUGAGGUUUGGUGUUAUAGGUCCAAGGUUGCCAAGAGAAGGCUAUCAUUGGUAGUGGGAAAUCAUGCUAUGACCAACACACUCUAACCUUUUUGCAUAUUUUUGUCAGGCCAUCCUUUUGGGCACCCUUUAGCAAUCAAGGCAUCUAGAGAGAAACUUAUCCUUACAUAAAUCAGAGAAGGCAAAAUUUCUUGCUUUGAAUUCCUUGUUGAAUGUAUAGUUUUCGGGUGUUAUAAUCAUGUGAUGUAGGGCUUGUUCAAUCGUAAAAGUAGUCACAAUUGAGUUUUUGAUUUUGUGGAAUACCUGAAAUCAUACUGUCAAAUUUACUCGGACCAGUUUUAUAUAUCAAAGGACAAUUAUUAUAAUAUCCUUUUAUGCUA